AUGGACAUGAGGAAUAGUAGAGCGUCCCUUCUAAGAACAUCAGUUGUUACGCUCCAAGCACUUUUCGGCCUUGCACUUGUGCUGCUAUCAAUUCAAUUACACUUCAACAAAUACUAUUCACCGUACGAUAUUGUUCUGGUCAUUCUUUGCAUCGCAAUUACAAUCAGACUUGUCGUAGUUCUUGUUAUCUGGACAAACUGCGUCUAUCGAAUCGGAGAAAAGUUGGGAGAACUCAGAAAAUUCCUCGAGAAGUGUAAUGGAAGGACAGAGUAUGAGCAUUUGGCGUUAAAAAUGAAGGUGAUUUAUUAA